CACACACACAAACGCAGUUCUUCUGGCGAAUCUCGAACCUGCCUUCCCUGUCAGAUUGUUUCGUUUAUUUGUCUGUUGGCGAUGGACUGGAGACUGAACAAAGUGCAGAGGAAACCGGUUCGCCUUAUAGCAGCGGUGUGCAAUGACAUGGGGAUCGGGAAAGAUGGAAAACUGCCCUGGCAUUUACCGUCUGAAUUCCAGUACUUUCUGAACACUGUCACAACGGUGUCGAGACCAGGAAAGAUGAAUAUGAUGGUCUGGGGAAAACUGUGCUGGUACUCCAACCCAGAAACAAUGUUCCCAUUGGCUAAUGUUCUGCAUGUGGUGUUGAGUACCACACUGAACACUGUUCCAGAUCACGCUCAGUUCUUGUGUCAUGACUUUGAGAGUGCUGUGCGCUUGGCUGCAGAGCCCCCCCUUGCUGACUUAAUAGAGACCAUCUGGAUUGUUGGUGGUAUGCAGGUCUACAAGGAGGGAUUGAAUCACCCGUGGUGUGACUUGCUUUACCUCACAGAUGUCAUGGCUGACUUUGACUGUGACGUUUUCUUCCCCGAGUUUGACAGAGGACUGUUUAAAGUACAAGAAAGAUUUCCCGGUGUACCUAGUGGCAUUCAAGAGGAAAAUGGCAUUAAGUACAAAUUUCAAGUAUUCAAGAAAAAGAUCGGUGAUGCCGUUUAGAUAACAGAAAUCAGGCUAUUAUCUCUGGUGUAUUUUUCUACUCUUGAAAACCUUGUCUGCUGUCAAGUGUGUUGUAAAUUCAAGGAAAACCAAAGUCAUGCUACCACUCUUUUUGUAAUCCAGUCAAUGAGCAUUCCAGCUAGUGUAUAUGAUCCAUGAAAAACUUGAAACACUGUGAGCACAGACACUUUUUGAGAACAGUCCAAUUUGUCUAUGUCUAUUUUGUUUAGUCUGUGUGUUUAGUCUUCAAAUGAUUUUUCCCAUUGCUGCCGUUUGGUAGAAUAUUAUGAUCACUACUGGUGGAGAAAAAAAAAAUCCCCUGCCACCACCAUCACCUUGUCACUUGUCAGCAUUCCCAUCUUGUCCUCCUCCUCGGUAAGAUUGCAGCUGCACAGAAAAUAUGCUUAUCAGUGAGUCAGUCAGCAGCCUACGUCAAUGACAGCCUGUGCUCUGGAUGUCACAGCAGAUCUGGUCCUUUCUAAGCCAACACGACAGAUGCCAGUUCAGAGUGCAAUGAGUGAAUUAUCCUACUGGUUUACUUUGAUACUAUAAUGAUAUAUUUUGUCAUUUAGAUAAAUGUGAAGAAGUGAUGCAUCUUGUCAUUUGGUGUGGUUAGAAAUGCUGCAAAAUAUCUAUUCAUUUUACUGUCAAGUUUUGUUGCAAAUUUAGAAGGUUUUUAGUGAAAAUAAAUCAAUUGUAACAUUUUAAUGAA